AUGCACGCCUUAUCCAAUAUGAAUAUGCUCUCCCCAGAUGGGCAAUGUUACAGUUUCGACCACCGAGGGAACGGAUACAGCAGAGGAGAAGGAUUCGGUGUUCUCGUCCUCAAGCGGGUGGCAGAUGCGAUUCGAGAUAACGACACAAUUCGGGGUAUCAUUCGUAGCACAGGAUGCAAUCAAGAUGGACACACACCAAGCCUUACCUUACCUAAUACUGAUUUGCAGGCGAAGCUGAUACGAGACACGUAUAAGAAAGCCGGCCUCAGUAUGAAGCCUACGCGAUUUUUUGAAGCCCAUGGCACCGGAACGUCUGUGGGUGAUCCGAUUGAGUCGAAAGCCUUGGGAGCUGCUUUUCGGCAGGUUCGCACGACUGACGACCCUCUGUGGAUUGGUGCUAUCAAAAGCAAUAUCGGUCACCUAGAAGGUGCGAGCGGCGUCGCCGGCAUUAUCAAAGCCAUAUUAGUUUUGGAAAAGGCCAUUAUUCCACCCAACACCAAUUUCGAAAAAAUUAAUCCAAAAAUUGAUGCGGAGUUUCUGAGAAUUCAGUUCCCCCUGGAAAGCUUGCCAUGGCCUACCAAGGGUCUUCGGCGGGCAUCUGUGAAUUCGUUCGGAAAUGCCGGAACCAACUCCCACGUGGUCCUUGACGAUGUCUAUCACUUUUUAGAAGAACGUGGUCUUUCUGCGCAGCACCUCACCGUCCGAGACCCACCAACUAAGGCUGUCUGCGAGCCUACCCUAGUCAGGCUUUCUUCUUCGCCUCAACGCCCCAUCUCGAAGGAUGCUGGCUACGAGACAGGCACACCAAGGCUGCUUGUGUUUUCCACAAAUGAUGAGGCAGGAAUCCAAAGACAGGCAAAAGCAUAUGCGGAUUAUUUCUCUAAAGCUGCAGAUACACUAGAACCCAGAUAUCUUGACCAUCUGGCAUAUACACUUGCAUUUAGGCGAAGUUCCUUGGCCUGGAAGUCUUUCGCCGUGGUGAACUCCGUGCUUGACCUCCCACAUCUUGAUAAGAUCAUGUGUCCUGCGACGAAGUCAUCGAACAAUCCAGGGUUGGGAUUUAUAUUCACUGGCCAAGGUGCUCAAUGGGCGGGGAUGGGUCGUGAGCUAAUGGCAUUCCCUACAUUUGAGGAAAGCCUGCGGCGAUCAGAACAUAUAUUAUUAGGGCUCGGUUGUUCAUGGCAUCUUCGUGAAGAAAUUAUGCGGCAAACAGGUUCGCGCAUCAACGAAACUGAGCUGGCUCAACCAAGCUGUACUGCUCUUCAGAUUGCCCUUUUAGAUCUCAUGGCUACAUUUGGCAUUUUUCCAACAGCGGUGAUAGGGCAUUCUUCGGGGGAAAUCGCAGCCGCUUAUAGCACCGGGGCCUUGACGGUCGAAGCUGCUCUGAAGCUCGCUUAUUACAGGGGUGAAGUAUCUGGCCGUCUGGCAUCGGAUCCAUUCGCACCCAGAGGAGCAAUGAUGUCAGUUAGCCUAUCGGAAGAUGACGUCCAACCAUAUUUGAGAGCAAUAACAGCUCAAUUUGGUGUCUCUGGCUUGACUGUAGCAUGCAUAAAUAGCCCUAGAAACGUGACUAUAUCUGGGGAUGCGGAUCAAAUUGAUGCAUUAAAAUCUGUCUUGGACGCUGAAAUAGUAUUUUCACGGAAGCUCCUUGUGAGAGUUGCUUAUCAUUCGUCGCAUAUGUUUCGUGUAACAGACGAUUACAGGCGAGCGAUCCAAGGUCUCAAGGCUGGUACUGCACCCAUCAACCCGGUGGCCAUGUGCUCUUCCGUCACAGGGCAGCGAGUUACGAAGGAUGACCUUAUUGAUCCCGAAUACUGGGUGUCAAACAUGGUCUCCCCCGUACAGUUUGUUAAUGCGCUGGACACCCUCAUAUCGAAAUUAUCACGGCGUAUGCGCAAGAAGCUUAAUAGUAGUCACCGCAACUACUUUCAAAUUGAUGCGCUGGUAGAAGUGGGACCUCAUUCAGCAUUGCAGGGCCCAAUAAAUGAUACAUUGCUUGCACUGCGCAGUUCAAAGAUCGGAUACACGUCUCUCUUGAUGCGGAAGAAUGCUGCGACGACUUCGACGUUCAAUGCGUUAGGCUAUAUCAAAUGCCUCGGCUAUCCGAUAGACAUGGAGAAAGUGAACAACCUAGGACUAGUCCCUAGCGACAAAUAUAUGGUGUUACCUUGUCUGCCAGAAUAUGUCUUUGACCAUUCUCAGAAAUAUUGGGAUGAAUCGCGACUAAGCUCGCAGUAUCGACUCGGAGAUCAGGGGAAACUGGACCUGCUUGGAAAACCCGUCCCGGACUGGAACAGAUUCGAAGCCAAGUGGCGAAAUUACCUAAGAAUUUCCGAGAUGUCUUGGAUGGAGGACCAUUCCGUUAAUGGCAUGUUGAUUUAUCCAGGAGCUGGAAUGCUCGUCAUGGCCAUCGAGGCUGCCAAUCAGAUGACAAAAGCCAGCGAGGGUGUGACUGGAUUCGAAAUCAGCGAAGUUAUAUUCGCGAAACCACUUAAAAUCCCUCGAGAUUCGGCUGGCGUUGAAACCCAGCUAGUUAUUCACUUAGCUCAAGACUCUCCAAAGCCUCUCAGUCGAGGAGCCGAAUUCAGACUGUUCUCAUAUGAAAAUAGUGACUGGCAGGAGUGCUGUCAUGGGGUUAUUCGUGCCAAAUACGAACUGAAUAAGAAUGAUGUUGACAGUGGAAGAGUAGCGCUUGAUGAGGUAAACACGUGCCGUGAACUUGCACUUUCAAUAGGAAAAUCAUGUCAGACACCACUCAACCCGCAAGAAUUCUACUCCGCCUUGAAUGAGAGUGGCUUAGAACUCGGUCCUUCUUUCCACCGAGUCAUUCAGGGAUCGUUCAAUAGUCAACAAGUCCGAGCAAAAUUGAAAUUGUUCCAGUGGCCACAGAAUGAGUUCCCAGAGACACAUGUUAUACACCCAGCGAGCUUAGAUGCUAUUUUUCACUUGGGGAUUGGUAUUUGCUCGGGAGGAGGAAAGGUGGCUUCACCGACAAUGAUCCCGACGUAUCUGCGGCGCUUAUUUGUUAGCAAGACCGGCCUUAGUUUCCCAGACACAGAAGAGCUUCAGGAAUACGCCUACAUAAGCGCAAGGCAUGCACGCAGUGUCGAAUUCUGCGGGUUUAGCUUGAGCCCUAAAAAUGAUGCUCUAUUGGUACAGUUCGAAGAUUUACAGGCGACGGCAAUUGCGGACCACCAGGGCGACUCAGUCAGCGAAAGCCUCCAAGAUCAACAACUAUCCCACUUUGUUAAGUAUCAGCCUGAGCCAGACCUACUUAGUCCUGAGGCUACCCUGGCUUACUGCCAAGAUGUUAGUGAUAGUGAAUCGCCGCUGGAACGGUAUGUCGACAUGCUUGCGCACAAGAACGGGGGUCUCCGUAUUCUGGAGAUUGAUACUGGUGACCGAACGUUGACGAAAAAUAUCUUGCAAGUCCUAACAGUGGUAGAUGACUUUAGUAGAUUCAUCAACCCCAGAUAUAACUCGUUCUGUUUCAGCUCCACCUCUAGUGACGUACUCGAGCUUGGAAAAAAAGAGCUUCAAAACUACUCAUACAUCAAGUUUACAUCCCUGGAUAUGACCAUGAAUAAGGGGGAAGUCUACGAUAUUAUCCUGGCUUCAUAUAGCGUCCGGGAGGAUGAAAUAAUGUUACGAAACAUUAGUAAAAUGCUAACUUCCGGGGGAAAGCUGUUCCUAUCGGAACCCAAUGCCCCUCUGAACGAAAAUGCUAUACAAAAGAGUCCGGCAGUUGAAACCACCCUGGUAAAAUAUGGGUUCGCUUAUCCUGGGCUGGAAUUACCUGCUUCCAAACCGACUGAUACUGCGCGACACAUUGUGCAUACCCACACGACCAUGUCUUCGGGUCCCUCAAUACGACAUACAGACAAGGAGGUAUUUGUAAUGCUAGAUGCGAUGUCAACUGUGCAGAGGCGUGUAUCCGAUGCCCUGGCUAGCUACUGGCGCACGGAAGGAAUAAACAAUGUCCGAUCUGGAUCCUUGGAAAAUGCGGCCGCCAUCGAACAGACGGACAACAUAAUUUUUGUGGUUCUGUUGGAGCUGGACUACAGUUUUAUGCAUAGCAUCACAAGGUCCGCUUAUGGACCGCUGAAAAAACUCUUCCAGACUGCUUCUGAUAUGCAGUGGCUUACAUUUUCUGGAGGUUCGGAGGCCGGUAAUCCAGACUAUAACAUAAUUCAUGGUCUAACUCGUGUGCUUCGGAACGAAUACCCAGAUCUCAAUGUAACUGUGCUCAGCAUUGAGACCACAGACGACCUGUCUGAAAGGCAGAUGGCCAGCCUCACCCAGAUUCUAUAUGCGAAACACGUCCAUCGCAACUCCAACAUAGUUGACGUUGAGUACCUGGAAAUUGGACAGGCUAUACAUAUCCCGCGUAUCGUCCCGGCCCCGACCAUCACCCAUGAAUUAAAUAGUAGAUCAGGCGCACAGAGCUCACGCCAGAAUGCAGUAAAAGAUUGCCCACCCAUCUUAUUGGGCAUGAAAUCUGUCGGCAUUCUUGACACACUUCAUUUCGUGGAAGAUAUGGCUGCUUAUGAACCACUGGCCGCGGAUGAGGUCGAAAUCCGCACCCAUGCAAUUGGCAUGAACUACAAAGACUGUUUAAUUGCACUAGGCAAACUCUCCACGGCGAGAAUGGGCCCGGAUUGCGCGGGUGUAGUCACCAAAGCAGGCGCCAAUACGCUAUUUCAGCCCGGCGAUCGGGUCAUGCUCGCUGGGUCCGAGAUGUUUAGAACGUUCGCUCGAGGUAAAGUAGCCGUCAAAAUUCCACAUAUGGCGUUCACCACCGCAGCCGCAAUUCCGACGCAGUUCGGUACAGCGUGGAGAGUUAUUCACCAACUUGCGAAGCUAGAAAAAGGAGAGACUAUUUUGAUACAUGCUGCCUCCGGUGGCACAGGGCAAGCAGCGAUUCAGAUCUCGCAGGCUCUAGGCGCAACAGUCUUCGCGACCGUAGGAUCAAAGAGGAAGAAAGAUUUCCUUAUGGAUGUGUAUAAGAUCCCUGAGGAUCAUAUCUUCUAUAGCCGUGAUACCAGCUUUGCGCAAGGCAUCAAACGCAUUACCAACGGACGCGGCAUGGAUGUAAUUAUAAACUUGUUGGUCGGAGAAGGCCUCAUUGCCUCUUGGGAGUGCAUUGCGCCGUACGGCCGUUUUAUUGAGAUUGGAAAGAAGGACAUCACGACAAAUUCUAAACUUCCCAUGUUUACAUUCGACAAGAAUGCUUCGUUCAUUGCUUUUGAAUAUUCUCAGUGGGUGAAGGAUCGUCCUGAAACGGCGUAUCACGAUCUACAAGAGCUGGUAGAUAUGUUUGUCCAGCAUAAAUUUCAUACUGCUUUGCCAUUACGCGUUCACGAUAUCUCAGAGAUUGACAGUGUCUUCCGAGUGGUUCAGGAAGGUAACCAGAUAGGCAAGUUUGUACUGGAGGUGACUCCUGAAUCUCAAGUGCAGGUUACGCUUAACACAAAACCGAGUUUCCAAAUGGAUCCCGACUCAACGUUCGUAAUUGCAGGUGGAUUGGGCGGACUCGGACGUGCAACAGCUCGGUGGAUGGCUGAACGGGGAGCAAGAAACAUUAUCCUCCUCUCACGGUUCGGUCCUCGGACCGAUUCCGCUAGAGAACUUAUCAAAAAUCUGCAAUCCAUCGGAGUGAGAGUCGAGACACCGGCAUGCGACAUUACAGAUUUAGACACCAUGAAGCAGAUCUUCGGUAGGCUGUCCGCAGAUAUGCCCCCCAUCAAAGGUGUUUUGCAGAUGUCAGUCAUAGCCAGGGACUGGCUCUUUAGAGACUUAGACUAUGAUGAUUGGAAAGCUGCUGUAGACGUCAAGGUUGUCGGCUCGUGGAACCUCCAUGCUGUCCUGCCUAAAGGAAUGGAUUUUUUCAUCCUCCUCGCGUCUACGUCUGGGUUAGUCGGAAUUAAAGGGCAGACCAGCUACGACGCUGGAAAUACGUACGAAGAUGCACUCGCCCGAUACCGCGUGUCCCUCGGCGAGAAGGCCAUAUCUCUUGACCUAGGCGCAAUGGUGGACGACGGCAUUCUGGCUGAACGUCCGGAGCUCCUAAACCGUGUUCUUGCUUAUGACAUCAUAGAGCCUGUUACGCGGCAAAAGUUCUACAGUAUCUUAGACUACUACUGCAAUCCGAAACUGGCCCUUAUGUCGCCUCAGGAAGCUCAAGUGGUGGUCGGACUUGGAUUGGGUGACGGUGCCGGCGGGUUGGAGAGCGUUGACCACAAUCGACAACCAAUGUUGCAGCCGAUCAUAUUGGCGGGUGAACGGCGCGCUGCCGCAGGGACAGAUGGCCUGCGUACCGGCGAUAAAGUUAAGGAGCGUGAACGAUUUGCUGCAUCCAUGUCGAAGGACGAAGCGGCAGGGAUCGUUGCCCAGGCGACGAUUCAGAAGCUGGCCAAAUCCAUUGCUGCGCUGCGGGACGGCGCAUCAAUUAAUUAUGACAAGCCGCUGCAGAUGUUUGGAGUUGACUCGCUGCUGGCAAUUGAGCUGCGGAACUGGAUUGUUAAGGAGUUUGACGCCGACAUUGCUGUUUUUGAGACACAGGGUGCCUCGACGCUGGGUACACUUAGUAUGUUGGUUGCUGGAAGAAGUACGAUUCGCCACGACAAAUGGUCAACGGCACUAUGACCUUCAGAGGUAGACUAUAUAUACAUUGUUAGGAUGUUCAGUACAGAAAUAUCGAGAUAUCUAGGAAGACGCUUGUUCACAC